AUGGCGGACGCGGAGCCGGAGGCUGAGGGCGGCAGCGAGGAUGGCGGCGGCGGCCGGGCUCCUCCCGGCCAGAGCGACAGCGCCGCCCGCGUGGCCCCGCUGGGCCCCGAGCAGCUGCGGCGGGUCCUGGAGCAGGUGACGAAGGCGCAGCCGCCCGCCGAGCCGCUGCCUUUCGUGCUGCAGGACGCGGCGCGGCGGCUGCGGGACGCGGCCCAGCAGGCUGCCCUGCAGCGGGGCCCGGACGCCGAGCCCCCGCGCCCGCCGCGCCUGCUGCCGCCCCAGCAACUAGAAGCCAUUUGUGUCAAGGUAACAUCUGGAGAAACUAAAGGCCAGGAAAGGCCAAUGCCCCUUCUGGCCACCAUCCAGCCCAAAACAGCAAGACAGAGCCAGCCUCCCGGCACGAAUUCCAGCCUGAUGGGGCUCUGCAUCGCCAGCCCUCAGCUGCUCAGGGUGCAGCCCCUCGUGAGAACCAGUCCCCAGCCAUGCUUCCUGAGUGACUCGGCUCAGCCUCCUGCUCAGGUGUUUGUACAGAGACCACUGCCUGCCCUCCAACCAGUCCCUGCGAAGAGCAUCCCAGCCCCCAAGCCCCCAAACGGACAGGGUUCCACGUUGGCCCCUUUGUCAGCCUCUGACCCGCCGGCAGUAACAUCUGUUUCAUCCAGUUCAGCUCAUUUAUUUAUUUCCAACUCACAUACAAAACAUACUGAGAAACUAAAAAAAUCUUUAAAAGUGAAAACACGUUCUGGACGGAUAUCUCGACCUCCCAAAUAUAAAGCUAAAGAUUAUAAAUUCAUAAAAACAGAGGAUUUGGCUGAUGGUCAUCCGUCAGAUUCUGACGAUUAUUCAGAACUGAGUGUGGAAGAAGAUGAGGACCAGAGGGACAAGCAGGCGCUCUUUGACUUAUCAAGCUGCUCUCUGAGGCCCAAAACUUUUAAGUGUCAGACUUGUGAAAAAUCCUACAUAGGAAAGGGGGGACUUGCGCGGCAUUUUAAACUUAAUCCAGGCCAUGGCCAGCUGGAACCUGAGACGGUGCUGUCUGAGAAGGCCAACGGGAGCAUGAUCCCGGGGCGCCUGGAGGAAGGAACCGUUGGCCUGACUGCGCCAGAGCGGUCCCCACCACCUGUGGUACGGGGACCAGGAGCUGUCUCCUGCUGUGCCACAGGGACAGAGUCAGCAUGGGGUAACUUGCAGAAUGGCCAGUCUGUAGAAUCUGAAGAGGCGCUGGUGUCUGAACCAGAAAAUGGAAGUCCUUCUGCUCUUUGGGGAUCAGAGAGACACCUAGGACCUGGAAGUGGAUACUCCGAGACCUCUGCAGAGUCCAGGACAGCUGUCCUCCAGCAGAGAGGAGUGGCUCAGCCACACGGGAGCCCUGCUGUGGCAGAGGGACAGAGCGCAUCCAAGGGCAAAGCCAGGCUCAAGGAGUUUCUGCAGCAGUGUGACCGGGAGGACCUGGUGGAGUUGGCUCUGCCUCGGCUGGCUCAGGCUGUGACUGUGUAUGAAUUUCUUCUGAUGAAGGUUGAAAAAGGUCAUCUAGCAAAGCCUUUUUUCCCUGCUGUGUAUAAGGAAUUUGAAGAGUUGCAUAAAAUGGUUAAGAAAAUGUGUCAAGAUUAUCUCAGUACUUCUGGUUUUGCCCCUCCAGUAAAUGGGAAUGCCUCUCCCCAUUCUGAAGAAAGCCAUACGGUGACGGUUUCUGAUAGCAAUAGAAGCAUCCUACAUGCGGGCCAGCAGCUUAAGGCAUUUGCCGACUUAGAAGCCAGGAGUGGGUCUGCGGGCCCUGCCCUCUUGUGCCGAGAUGUUGGUGGACCAGUUCUUUAUGCUCACUUAGGAGAGCCCAGGUGUCUGACCCAGGCACAGGUGGCAGCAUUUCCUGAAGAGAGUGCUCCAGAACAUUCUUCAGACCAGGAUGCCAGGGACAGCCUAAGGAGCCCAGGUGUCUGCAGCACCUUGUCAUCAGGGGAAGGGGUGGAGUCCGUGCUGCCUGGCGGGUCUGGAAGCGCAGAAGCAGGAAAUCUCCACGAGAUGCGCGACUCCCAUCUGAACUGCCAGCGGUCCAGCCCCAGCGGCGUCCUGCUUACAGAGGUUGCAGCCCCUCCACCUGAGAAAAUUCUGUCUCUGAACAGUGUGCCAGCGGACUGCACCUACAGGACUGUGUCUGAGCCUGGGCUUCAGCCUGGCCCAGAUGGAUCCCUGUCCACUGAAGGGGGUCUCCGCAGGAGCCACCUGGGGGACCUGCACCGGUUCCCCUGUGGGGUGGAGGUACAUUCUGGCCAGAGAGAACUGGAGGGUGUGGUUGCCAUAGGCGAGGCCGUGGCUUUUGAAAUUACCAAUGGGUGCCACGAGUUAUUGUCUCAGGGACAGGAGCAGAUUUUUAUUCAGACUUCUGAUGGGCUCAUCUUGUCCCAUACAGGUACAAUAGUGUCUCGGGAGGAGGACAUUGUCAUAGUAACCAAUGCAGAGGCGCCUGCCCUGCAGAUGGGCCCCCCAGGAGUCCCUCUGGAAGAUGUGGAGUCAUUUCUCACCGUGGAGGCAGAGCCCUCACAGUGAAAAGGAGUCAGAUCCUAGAUUUGUGUGUAUUUUAUCCAGAGAAGGUCUAUUUCAAGCAAUGUAUAUUUUUCUAAUGUGAACACUGAUACAAAUGAACCUUAAUUUAUAAAGAAUGAUGUCUUUCUAC